GAUAACUUUCGCUUUUUUCCUUCCACCACCAUCACCAUCACCAUCACCCACCAUUCUUGUAUAUGAGACCACGCAAUCGAGAUGCCGCAGAUACAUUCGGUCUUUUCAGAGAUUCCUCCGACGAGGACAGACGUGACGCCGGAGGAAAGCUCCACCGGAAAAAGCCGCCGAUUAGGAUCAUGCUCGGACGGUGGCGGAAAUGGGCGGUGCUUGUGGCGGCGAUCUGGAUUCAGGCGUCGACGGGGACGAACUUCGAUUUCGCGGCGUACUCGUCGGAUUUGAAAUCCGUUCUAGGGCUUUCGCAGGUCCGGUUGAACUACCUAGCUGUGGCGUCGGAUCUGGGGAAGGCUUUCGGGUGGUCGUCGGGGCUUGCGGUGGCGAAUUUCCCGCUCUCCGCCAUUCUUUUCGCGGCGGCGACUAUGGGGUUCGUCGGUUAUGGCGUUCAGUGGCUCGUCGUCACCAAUUCCAUCACUUUGCCUUAUUUGCUGGUUUUUCUGUGCUGCUUGUUAGCUGGAUUAAGCAUCUGCUGGUUCAACACUGUAUGUUUCAUCCUCUGCAUUCGCCACUUCCCGAACCACCGUCCCCUCGCCUUGUCUCUCACCGUGAGCUUUAAUGGCGUCAGUGCAGCCCUAUACUCGCUCGCUUUCAAUGCUGUCAACCCGUCUUCCCCAAUUAUCUACCUUCUUCUCAACUCUUUCAUUCCCCUUAUCGUCUCGAUCAUUUCCCUUCCUCCGGUUCUCGCUAAACCGUCUUCGGACACAUCUCAGGACAGCGAAACCUGUCAACAAGAUUCCCGUGUGUUUGUUGUUUUGAAUGUCUUAGCCGUCUUGACCAGCUUUUACCUUCUUGUGUCCAAUUCCAGUGCCUAUUUCGCUGAAUCAGCUCGUUUGCAUUUUCUCGGAGCAAUCUUCCUUCUGGUUUUCCCCUUGUGUGCUCCUCUUCUCGUUUAUGCUCGGGAUUACUUUCUUCCUUCCAUUAACUACCGGUUCCACAUUGACAACUCUGGUUAUGUUAUGCUUAACAUGGACGAGCUUAAGAUCGAUAAAGGGUUUGUUCCCCACGAAACCAGGUACGAAAGCACAGUUGGCAAUGCUCCAACUAACUGGAAUGCAAGUCAGAAGAAUUUGAAAGAAGGGAAUGACAUGGUGAGGCUUGGGGAUGAACAUUCAUUUGGAUUACUCAUACGAAGAAUCGAGUUUUGGUUGUAUUAUGCUGCGUAUUUCUGUGGAGGAACUAUCGGCCUCGUUUACAGCAAUAACUUGGGUCAGAUUGCUCAGUCUUUGGGACAAAGCUCUAAUGCUACGACCCUUGUCACGAUUUACUCAUCCUUCUCCUUCUUCGGGCGAUUGCUCUCAGCCGCACCAGAUUUUACCCGCAAAAAAUUUCGUCUAACGAGAACUGGCUGGUUCACCAUCGCACUCUUGCCAACCCCGAUAGCGUUCUUCCUGCUGGCUUCAUCAUCCGGGCAAGAAAUGGCAGUACAAACGGCAACUGCCCUAAUCGGUCUGAGCUCGGGAUUCAUAUUCGCGGCUGCAGUCUCCAUCACAUCUGAACUCUUCGGACCCAACAGUGUAGGCCUCAACCACAACAUUCUCAUCACAAAUAUACCCAUCGGUUCCCUCGUAUACGGAUACCUAUCCGCCUCUGUCUACGAAGCCAAUGCAAGACCCAAAAUCAGACAGGUAAUUUCGGAUUCGGUCGUUUGCUUAGGAAGACAAUGCUACUUCAAAACGUUUGUCUUGUGGGGAUGUUUUUCCGUUCUCGGGCUCGUCUCAAGUCUGCUGCUUUGCAUCAGAACCCGAUCGGUUUAUCGCCGAAUCGAACAGUUCCGGGUUUCGACUGCAUCUUUGUAACGAUUUAGAUGGAUCGGAUAACUCGAAUUUGCGAUAGGAAACAAGUUACCCAUGUUGGGAAAUGAGUUGCCUUGAAAGUGAUGUAAAUGUAUAGUCUAUAGACAAAGCUUCAAUGGUUUUCGGUGGAAUAGAAUGGACAGAUACUGUAAAGCAAACUGGAUUAGUUUGUCAUAUGUCCGAAGCUCAGAACUUUCUCUUUUUUUUUUUU